AUGCCAUCAGCGCCGCCUUCAGCUCGUGAUAGUAGAUUUCCCAUUGGACCGGCUCAAUGUACAGCACCGUCUGGUGAGGUGGGAAAUUGUUUACCCAAUAAAGAUUGUGCAAUACGAGGAGGUAUACCGGCUGGUCAGUGUGGCGGUGGUUAUGGAAUAUGUUGUGUUUUUUUACAAACAUGUGGUGGCAUGAUAAGAGAAAAUAACACCUAUUUUGUAAAUCCUAAUCAUCCGGAUACUUAUGAUGGUACCGGUAGUUGUCAAGUAACAGUACACAAAGUACAUCCAGAUAUUUGUCAAUUUAGAUUGGAUUUAGAAAUGUUUUCUAUAGCCCCUCCGGAAGCAGCUAAUCAUUUGUGCAAUCAAGAUCAAUUACUCAUAUCUGGCAGCAGUCCAGUACCCAACAUAUGUGGCACCUCUUCGGGAGAUCAUAUGUAUAUCGAUGCUGGCUUGGGUCAAAGUAAUCCAAUUGUUAUAUCGGUUAUAACCAGUAAUACAUUCCCUCGCAUUUGGCGUAUACGAGUCUCACAAAUACAUUGCGGCAGUAUAAGUCGUGCCGAUCAAGGCUGCCUACAGUAUUAUACCGGCAUAAGUGGUCGUGUACGUAGUUUCAAUUUUAAUACCGUUUCGGGUAGACAAUUAUCAAAUCAAGAUUAUAGUAUUUGUAUACGUACGGAAAGGAAUUUCUGUGGUAUACAAUAUAAUGCCUGCCCAGAUUUGGAAAACAAUCGUUCGAGAUCAUUUACAAUAUCGGGUAAUACUAACAAUCCGGUGGGUACAAUGGUUGGCGGAGGUACUCAAGUUACACAAAAUACUUGCAUACAAGAUUGGCUCUUGAUUGGUUGUAUGCGUUCGGCAGAUCGUAUACCACCAUUGAGCGCUUGUGAGGAUCGUGUUUGCGGCGGUACGUUUAGUGCAGAAGUUGGAAUGGUUCAGAAAACAGUACAAACCAGUGUACGACCCUUUCGUUUAUACUUCCAUACCGAUGGUAUUGAGGCACCCACCGAUAUCGAUAAUCGUGUUUGUUUGGAUUAUGUUCAACAACCCUGUACAAAUGGUUUCUAA